CAUAGAUAAACCACGAACGCCGUCGCUCUGCUAGGAAUAAUACAACAUCGGGCAUCGCAUAUACCAUUCCUUGUUGCUUGGGCACAACCCUGCCUCAUGUCGUUCAACAUUUCAGCGUCUGACAAGCACUUUAAGAUGACUGAUGACAGCGAUUCAGACCGAUCAGUUGACUUGGAGGGCGCGCCAGUUCAACCAGCUAUUGCUCGCACGGUUUCUACCUACGACAAUCCUGGGAUCCCCAUCGAGGUCGAAUCAACGAAUAUAGCUACAACCGGGCCUAGCUGGAGGGAGAUCAUCGCUUCUUUUAGCCCAGCCUGGUUCACAGUUUGUAUGGGGACCGGAAUGACCUCUAUACUGCUUUACUUCAUUCCAUUCAAAGCGAACUGGCUCUACUACCUCUCCAUCGUACUAUUCGUGGUCAAUACCUUAUUCUUCAGCAUAAUCUCCGCUCUGACUAUACUACGGUACUGUCUAUACCCCAAAUUAUGGCGCCCCACACUCUGUGAUCCAAUGGUCGCUCCAUUCCUCGCCACCAUACCAAUCGCCUUCGCGACACUCAUCGAGAUGUGGGUAUUCAUUUGCGUUCCUUUGUGGGGAGAGUGGGCGAGUACCAUGGCUUGGGCAUUUUGGGUUGUCGACGCCGUAGGUGCAAUCAUCUUGACGGUGUAUCUCUCGUUCCUCCUCAUGUCCAAGUCCCGCAUCCGCUCCCUAGAAAUGGUCACCGCUGUACAGCUCCUCCCUAUAGCAUCCACAAUCAUCGCCUCAGGCGUCGGUGCAGAAGUCGCCGAAGUCCUCCCAUCGAGGGACCGUGCCAUCGCCACAACCAUCGCUAGCUUCGUUCUUUGGGGGAUGUCGAUGCCGCUCGCGGCGAUUGUUCUCGCCAUCUACUACCAGAGACUGGCUGUUCACAAGCUGCCUGCGCGCGAGGUUAUUGUGAGCUGUUUUUUGCCCGUUGGCCCGCUUGGAUUCGGGUCUUAUACGAUCAUGUACCUAGGAAAAGUAACCCACGCCCUCUUCGCCAACGACGCCGACCCCGCCCUCGCCAUAUCCGCAAAAUGCAUCCGGGCCGUAACGCUGAUGAUCGGGCUCAUCAUCUGGGCCUUUGGCCUGACAUGGCUCCUGUUCGCCCUCGCCUCGGUAUACUUUGCUGCGCCGUUCCCGUUCAACAUGAGCUGGUGGGGGUUCACGUUUCCGCUGGGGGUCUAUGCGGCGAGUACGAUUCUCCUUGGGAAUGAGCUUCCGUCGGCGUUUUUUCGGGUGCUAGGGACUGUCCUGGCUACGAUUGUUAUUCUGCUAUGGGUCGCUGUCUCGCUAGGCACCGUGCGAGGGAUUUGGAAGAGGACGUUACUUGUUGCUCCGGCGCCGAUCCCAAAAUGAAUGUAUCAUGGGGAUCAAGAAGAACGUCAGGCUUGUUGCCAAGCUAAAUUCCGCCAAAGACACAGCAUCCAGCCGUAACUUCACCAUCCGACUUCAGCACAAGCGUCAAGUCCAUAGUAUGAUAUCCCACCUGUCCCCCUCGAAAUGAAUGGGCGCGACUAGUCUGGGGUUAGCAGGAGAAGUGCGCGGUAUGUCACCGCGUCGUCGUCAUUCCGCGAGUCAUGAAAAGAGCAAUUUGAGUCGCCUCUAGCGGCUGGAUCAGUCAGCACUACAGUGGAUAACUAUGUCCAUGGGGAAGAUCCCCUCGGGGAUGAUUAGACCACUCACCGCAUCACCCAACCAUGUGCUACUAGCUGGAUAUAGAGUCAUUGGAUGAGUAUCUCGAAGGGGAAACCGACUGACAUGUGCCAGGCAGCCCUCAACGCAUUUGAUGUUGUGGCACAGACAUGCCGCACAGUAUAGGGAGAUAUUUCGGAGGAGUCAGGCAGCGAUAAGGAGGAGGGAAAAGAUGAUAUUUGCGAUCUAUCUGCGGAGUAUUGUUAUUCUCCAUACAACCAAUCAUACUACCUGGAAGCCUACUAGCCUCCGAAAGCACCGGGGCCCGGUGUCCUUGUUGCCGAAGCCGGGAUAUUGGCGACCCGAGAACCGGGGGUCUCUCUCGGCCAAAAUGUCUGAGGCUGCUGAGACUUGAGACCUCUUCGUGUUGUACCCAGCGCCCGCACUUUGGCUUAAUAGGUAGCAGUCGCGGAUCGAGUCGGGCAGUAAGUCCUGGGGUAUUCGUGCAAUACUAGAACUAGUUCGCCUUGAAGCACGAGCUGCCAUACAACGACGUAAUCAGAUUGAGGCCGUCUUUGGAUGUUGUAUUUCGUCGGGAAGAUAAUCUGAAUAAUACAGCUAGAAAUGUAAUUACUUGGCUGGAACUUUUAGGUCAUGUUGGUCGUCGUCACCCUCAGCUUAGUGGCCGAUGAGAUGAUGUAACCGCAUACGGUUCUGGCGGCAAUAGGA